GCUGCCGCGGGGGAGCUCGGCCCGCGAAGCCUUGCCGAGCUCCGCGGCGGACCGCCGGUGCGGACCCCGCCCCUGGCCGCAAGUCCAACCAUGGCGCCCGCGGGCGCGGCCGGCGGCGGCGGCGGCGCCCCGGCCCUGGAGUCGGGCCGCAGCAGCCCAGCCACGUCCGCGGCCUCGGCGGCCGCUGGGGCGCGCGUCGGCUACAAGGCAUGCUCCGACGCGUUCAACGAAUUCUUGGGCGAGGAGGGCAGCGUGCCGACGACCAUCGAGGACAUGGAGGUCCGUGUGCUGCAGUUCCUCGACCUCAUGCCGGAUGCAGUAUGCGCCAAGUCCGACGCGACCAUUUUGGUGGCCGCGGUCAAGGACGCCUACCCUUGGCGCACGGGCUCGCAGUCGAUGCCCCGCCUGAACAGGGGGGCUCCGUGGCUGCGCCAGGCGCGGGCCGCCGGCGCCCCGAGCCCCCGCCCCCCGCCAGCCCCCGCAGUCUCCGCGAUGCUCGCGCGGAGGCAGCGGCGCGCCGACUUCCAGGUGGCGACGGCCUUCUUCGCGCGCAUGCGUCCUGGAGCGCUGCGGAAGCUCCGGGCGCAGCAGCUGCCGGCGCCGUCUCGCGACCCGUGGGGCCCUCGCAGAGAGCUCGCCAAGACGGGUGCCUCGGACGAGACGGCGAUCAUCGAUCACCCUGCGUGGCUGGGAGAGCGCCCGGCCACGCAUGUCCGUGGGAAGGCGCCGACGGACCUGAUCUUCCCGUCCCCCGGGGCGAUCGUCGCGGCCCAGUUCGGGGUCCGUGCGAGGAUGUGCGGCCUCCCCCGGGUCUGCCUGCACCAGCUUCGCCACGGGGGUGCGUCGGGCGACAUCUUGUCUGGGCGGCGGGACCGCGAGACGGUGAAGGCCAGAGGUCGCUGCAGGGCCCACGCGUCUGUGAAUCGGUGCGACAAGCCAGGAGCGGUGCACCGGUUGCUCAAUGCGAUGACGACGGCCUUCAGGGAGGUCGGGAAGCAGAUGUUCGAGCUGAUGGGGUCCCUGUACCUGGGCGCGUCCGAG